UCUUCCCAGGGGAUUGCUGACAGGCUGGGAAAGACGCUCAAAUGAACACGGCAAAAUUGCAGGAGCCUGCCUUCCGUUUCACAAAUGACAAUUGUGUCUAGAAAAAGAUGCACCAACCUCUCCGUGGGUAGCACAUGGCUUUGGAGUGGAGAAGGCGGAGGAGGCGGGGCCAUCUUUUUAGACUGAUGCUGAGAUCUGAAGGGCUUAAUCCUUAUAAGAAGAGAUGCUAACUCAGAACUCAAGUUUCCUGAUGUGGCCAACUGAGGGUGAUCUGACGGCUACCUGAGUGUGAGGAGUGCUUGCUGCUUGGAAUCACUCAGAUCAGUCUUUGCUUUCCAUGUGAAGAGAGACAUAGAGACUGUCUGGAAUUAAAAUGCCAGCUAAAGGCAAGUACUUUUUUAACGAAAGCGAAGGUUGCAAGUUAACAGAUCCUUUAUAUGAGAAGUACCUUUAUGCAAGUCAACAACACCCACUGCUCUUCUUCCUGCUCUUCAUUGUGGUUGCAUAUUGCUCAACACUUAUCAUAGUCUUCGUCUGUUAUCAUGACCCACAUAAAUACCUUGGCUUUGUUGUUACAGUGAGCAUCGCUCUUGUCAUUUUCAUCAUCAUGUAUGUUUUAGUUUAUAUUGAAUAUUACUUCUGGUGCCAGCUAAAGCUCUUUGCAGUUGUGAUCUGGAUCAGCUUGCUAGCCAUAGGAUACGUGUCCAUUUUCGACAAGGAAGACCAUGCACUUGCUGGAUGGGAACAGGUACCAUUUUUUCUGUUCAUCAUCUUCACAACGUAUACCAUGUUGCCCUUGGCCAUGAGAGAUGCUGUCAUUGUCAGCUCCAUUUCUGCCCUCUCUCAUAUUAUAGUCCUCAGCAUUGCGGCAGCAGAAUACAACCCCAAACAGGAUCAACAUACCUUACUCCUUCAGGUUGUUGCUAAUGCCUUCAUUUUCCUAUGUGGCAAUUUGCUGGGGGCAUAUCACAAGCAUCAGAUGCAAGAUGCCUCAUGGGAUCUGUAUCGCUAUACAUUAAAAUGCAUCCAAGUCCAAAUGAAACUAAAAAUUGAAAAGAGACAGCAAGAAAGCUUGCUUCUGUCAAUCCUGCCAGCUCAUAUAUCCAUGGGAAUGAAACUUGCCAUCAUAGAGCGUCUAAAAGAAACCAGCGAUAUGAAAAAGCAUGAUAAUAAUUUCCACAGCCUGUAUGUGAAACGGCACCAGAAUGUCAGUAUCCUGUACGCAGACAUUGUAGGAUUCACUCGCCUGGCAAGUGACUGUUCUCCCAAGGAGUUGGUGGUGAUGCUAAAUGAACUCUUUGGAAAAUUUGAUCAAAUUGCAAAGGAAAAUGAAUGUAUGAGGAUAAAAAUUUUGGGAGACUGUUAUUACUGUGUCUCAGGCUUACCUGUGUCCUUGCCGGUCCAUGCCAAAAACUGUGUGAAAAUGGGCCUUGACAUGUGUGAAGCAAUAAAACAAGUUAGGGAAGCUACAGGAGUGGACAUCAACAUGAGAGUUGGCAUUCAUUCUGGAAACGUACUUUGUGGAGUGAUUGGACUCCGGAAAUGGCAGUAUGAUGUCUGGUCUCACGAUGUCUCCUUGGCCAACCGAAUGGAAUCUGCAGGCAUUCCUGGCCGAGUGCACAUCACAGAAGCAACACUAAAUCAUCUUGGGAAAGCUUAUGAGGUGGAAGAAGGAAAUGGGCACCUCAGGGACCCAUACCUUGAAGCCAUGAAUAUCAAGACUUACUUGGUGAUUGACCCAAGGUCAAAACAGCGUGCCACUGACAACCAUCUUCCUCAUACCAGAGUGCAGGAUGGCUUGAAGAUGAGGGCCUCUGUUCGGAUGUCGCGAUUCUUGGAAUCUUGGGGGGCAGCUCGGCCUUUUUCUCACCUAAACCAUCGAGAGAGUGUGAGCAGCGAGACUUCUGCGCCCAACCGCAGACGUAGGAAGAUAGCACUGCAACUAGCAAGUCGUCAGAGAACUUCAGAGAGUUUGGAUGGAUCUAGACAAGACCACUUAUGUCCUCCUUCUGUUCUAAACUAUAAAAAUACCUCUCAGAAAGGAAGAAUGGAAGAAGAUAUCAAUGACAAAAUGAUGUCAACCAUUGAGGGCUUGAGUUCAGCCAAACCGUGGUGUGGUCAAAAAGACGAUUUCCGUGGACUGUGUGGGUUUUUGCUCUGUUUCGUUGAAACAGGACUUGAAAAAGAGUAUCGCACAAUCCCUAUUCCCAAACUGAGAGGCUAUUUUGUCUGCGCCAGCAUUGUUUUGCUGUGCAUGUUUUCAGUACAGAUAUGCAUCACAGGAGGGUCACAAACAUUAGGAAUCUCAUUUGGGGUUGUAGCUAUCAUCAUGGGACUGAUUUUGUGUGUGUGUUUCGCAGAUGAUUGUUGGAGAUGCUGCGCAAAGCGGUGGCCACUAACACACUACCUCUGCACGCUUUCUGAGAAAGUGGAGACGAUGCCAUCCGUCAGGCUCCCUCUGGCCAUCCUUGCCCUUGGCUCUCUGCUGAUCCUAGCUGUUUUCAACUUGCCAGUGAGCCAGCCCGGUGGAUAUCAUACUUUACCACAUGUCAACCCACUGGCAGGAAACAUUUCAGGAGUUGAAGAGGAAUCUCCUACAAUGACUGUGAUUUACCCGUAUUAUGCCUACUGCUGUCUCCUGGGUUUCAUUGCAUGCUCUGUGUUCCUUCGAAUGAGUUUUGAACUCAAGUUAAUGCUGCUCUCAGGAGCCAUCAUGGGAUAUUUCAUCAUAUUUAACAGCAAUCAAACUUUGAACAACGGCAACAGUACCAGGCUUUUUAUAAGAAAUCCAAGAGAGAUGAUCAAUCUGUAUCUGGCACUCUUUUAUAUAACUCUGGUUCUGUUGUCCAAGCAGAUAGACUAUUAUUGUCGGCUGGACUGCCUACAGAAAAACAAAUUUAAAAAGGAGCACGAGUCAUUUGAAACCAUGGAGAAUGUAAACAGGCUGCUGCUUGAAAAUGUCCUCCCAGCUCAUGUGGCUGCCCAUUUUAUUGGGGACAAAUUAAAUGAGGACUGGUAUCAUCAAUCUUAUGACUGCGUCUGUGUCAUGUUUGCCUCGGUUCCUGACUUCAAGGUAUUCUACACGGAGUGCGAUGUCAACAAGGAAGGUCUGGAAUGUCUUCGGCUCCUGAAUGAGAUCAUUGCUGAUUUUGAUGAGCUGCUGCUAAAGCCUAAAUUUAGUGGAGUUGAAAAAAUCAAAACCAUUGGGAGCACAUAUAUGGCGGCAUCCGGACUCUGUGUUGUACCAGGUCAAGAGAAUAAUCUGGAUCAAGAAAAACUGUGUGCUCAAAUUGGCAUCAUGGUGGAAUUUGCAAUGGCCUUGAUGACCAAACUAGAUGGCAUCAACCGGCAUUCGUUCAACAAUUUCCGUCUCCGUGUUGGCAUAAAUCAUGGGCCGGUAGUAGCUGGUGUGAUUGGUGCUCGCAAACCCCAGUAUGAUAUUUGGGGAAACACUGUCAAUGUUGCCAGCAGGAUGGAGACUACUGGAGAACUUGGGAAAAUCCAGGUUACAGAAGAGACAUGCAAAAUAUUAGAGAGUUUGGGAUAUGCCUGUGAAUGCCGAGGACUUAUUAAUGUCAAGGGAAAGGGAGAAUUGAUUACUUACUUUGUCUGCACCGAUACAGCCAAAUCCCAAGGGUUUUGACUUGAACAAGAAGACGCUGAGCAAUUAUGGUCAAAAUACCCUGUUGGGCUUUGCUUUUAUUUUAAGCAACUUUCUUUCAGUGAGGCCUGAAAAUUUUUACUCCUUCAGUAAAGGAGUUUAUCAGUGCUGGCAUUUUGUAUCUCCAGAGAAGAGCGCCGGAGGUUCUUGAAAGAAGUUUACAGUUGGGUCUACCCCUCUAUCUGAUGCCAAUUCUUUUUUCCUGCCACAGAGGACAUGGAAUUCCUUUCCUGCAUGCUUUUUUGGUUCAAAUGCCCUGCUUCUCUGCCUUAUCCUUGCCUUUUCAUGUGGAUAAUUUGAUGAUCGCUAUAGCACUGCCUUGAGCAAAAAGCAGACUACAGUAGACAAGAUUGGAGCCUGGUCAUUGGACAUCCUUUUCUGUGGAACUGCCAUCUGCACACCAAGCAUGCACUCUGCCAUUAAACUGUGGCUCCUCCUCUCAUGAUACACCACAGGCCAUCCUCAGACCUGUUGUCGAUCCCACAAAAUUGCACUCUUCAGUUUUCUCUUCAGCUAAAAUCUCAAGAUGCAAAAAUAUUUUUCUUGCAGUCCUUCUAUACUAUCACAAAAUAAAUUAGACCUGUCUGCUUUCAUCACUACUUACCUCUUCCUGUUCUGCAAGGAACAGCAUAAGGAGGAACUUCCCCAGCUGAUGCAGAUGUGGAAAUUCCUGUACUGUCAGUGUAAAAUUCAGGAUAUUUCUUAUUCAGCAACCCUACUUAUAUAAAUCAUAGUCAAUUUCUACUACAGCUUUGCUACUAAUACUAAAAUAGGAUGAUGCAUGAUCCCUAAAAUGGAUUAUGGUGUAGAAAAGCUAUCAAGCCAUUUUCUUUUUUUCUGUUUCCUGUUAGAAAUAUCCUCAUACAGUAGUUUUGAGUGGUGUAGAGCAUUAUGGAUGAUGUCUGUACUUCAUUGGCAGCUUCUGCUCAAACACUGCACAGUAAGUAAAACUGUCCAUACAAUACUGCUGAAUUUUAUCUUAUACAGGUUUGCAACAAAAAUGAACAAGAAGCAGGCCAACUACCAUGUCUGUGCCAAACUUGUCUAUGCCUCUUCCUAUACCAAUUAUUAUUAUUCAUCUGUAUUCUUAUUUCAAAGUAUGAUUCUGCUUUUUGUAUCUGUUAGGAAUUCUGAAAAAUACUGUACAUUUUUAAAUAGGCCGUUUUAAAGUAUUACUGAUCUUUACCAUCAGCUGAAGAUAGGCAUUGACUGUGUGUUGCAACCCAACAAAAUUUAAGAGAACUAUGAUGCAUUUCAGGAUGCUAGACAUGAAAUAAAGUGUCUGAAAGAGUCCCUAGCAAUGCUACCUUAUCUACAAAUUACAAUUUCUUUUAGAUGGAACUAUGGAAUUAGAUAUAAAACUGCAAAGAGUGUUUUGCUUGGCACUUCUGAUAUUAUGCAAAAUUAGGGCAGCCAAUGGAAAGAAAAGUAUCUGCUUGUGCAUAAACCCUAGAAUAAGCAGAAACAAAGGACAGCAUUUAUCUAAGAUUAUAUCCAAAGUACUAGUGAGUUAUGUUGGCUAGUACUGUUAACAACUGUAUUUUGCUUUGUGAUUAUAUUUCUGCUAGAUACAUUUGUGUAAAUGAAUGCAUUUUAGACGUAAAGGAUAUGAACUUGAAGAAUUUGGAGCGUUCUCUAGAGUGAAUCUAUUAAUGAGACCUGAUCUUACUAUUUUAAAAAGUUUCAGACUGCAGUUCAAUUGACUGCAAAUCUUUUCACCCUGCUAAGCCCUGUGUGCACCCUUGUUUGUGUCCAUUAUAAUUACUGUGUAAUUAACAUGUGGAGGAUGAAUUACCUAUGUUUCAUGAUGGGAACAAAUUUCUAGUGAGGUCUUACUAUAGAUAUAGGACUUUUAGAAAGUCUUAGGUGACUAGGGUAGAUCAUGUUAGAGAGUAGUAAGACAGGGUAGUCCUGGGUGGUAUUAAACAGAAGGUUGUGUAACUGUCUUUUUGUAAUAACUGCAAGUUAAUGUGAAUUAUUACUUUUAAUUUCUUUUUUAUUGUACAUUGAGUACAUGUUUGGUUUUUAAAAUAAAAUGGCAGAAGUUAGAACGUUUUGGUUCAAAAGUUCCAUAUUGUCUAACAUUUGCAAUCAUUACAUUUGGCACCUGCUCUCAAAUGUGUACCAAAACAGAAACUUUUGUGAAAUCAAUUAUUUUCUAUUUUGCAUUAUAUUGCAAUCCAAGGCAACUGGUCUAAGCUACGUUGCUUCCACUUUUACAUUUUCUGUAUUAAAAGUUUCAUGUUAUUUG